UCCACCCUUGCGUGUGUGUGUGCGAGUCUGGACAGCGGCGAUAACAUUGGGAACAGGGCAGGGUUUGUGUACUGGCCGUACGAUUCGCGUCGAGGUAUUCACAGUUUGCUCGAUUUCUCCUUGAUGAGAUAAAACAAGAUUGCAACGAUUCAACGCUUUCAAUCUCCCGCCGCCGCUGCUGAUUUACGUCGCGUUGCAGGCGUUUUCUCACGCUUUUGGUUGCUACUGUAGCGUUCGUUCAAGUAGACGCUCGCGAUUAUUCUUGCUCAACUUUGACAAGUAUGCGGCGUCGCUGGGAAGGAAUGCAACGCAUUUGCAGGUUUUCAACAGCUCGCUCAACUCGACCCACCGCGGGCUCCUGCUUCUGCUGAAUCGUGACUGUUUCAGGUCGGCUGCAAAGCAACCCCCGGUGCGUUAACUCUGGCAAUGCUGCGGCUGCAAUCAAACUGAAACCAAGCAUGCAUUUUUUGUGAAAGGUGCGCACUCAGAAGUCCCGGAGCUAUUGUUCACCUGUGUUGCAACUGCAGAAGGAAGGGGUGCACGUCAACGCGACCGUGUAGCAUGCAUCGGACCAGCCCUGCGUUCUGCAGGCGUCGGAUAGAACCAUGAGGACGGAUGGAACUCACAGAAGACAAGCUGCUUUGUGACACUUUUACUGACACAAUGAUGAAUCAAGAGUCGUGCGGGAUCAUGUUAUCGGUUCCUGCCUUUGACCCGUGCCCGAAUCAGGGUAAUGUCCCACGCGAAGGGACAACCACCAGCACCACCACCACAAGCAGCAAGGACGGUGUUCGUGUUGUUCCUGCAGCAGGGACUUUCUGGCAGGACUCUGCUGCAGUUGUCGGCGGUGGGACAGUGAUCGCCAGUCCCCGUGCCUCCAACUGUCCAGCCGACAGCGGCGGUGGGGUCGGGGGUGGUGGUGGUGGUGGUGGUUUGCUGACCACUGAGAAGUCGUGCAAAUUAGGCAGGCAGGUGACUGUGGCUUAUGUGAUAAACAGUGAACUGAGUCAGGGGAGCAAUGCAGAGAACCUGGCCCUGCGUUGUCUGAAAGACGCCUGUGACUCCCUGGGAAGUAAGUUGGAGACCGUGCACUUCGGGAAACUGGACUUUGGAGAGACGCUGGUGCUUGAUCGCUUUUACAACGCAGACAUCGCCGUGGUGGAGAUGACGGACGCCUUCCGCCAGCCCUCGCUCUUCUACCACCUGGGCGUGAGGGAGAGCUUCAGCAUGGCCAACAACAUCAUCCUCUACUGCGACUCCAACUCGGACUCGUUGCAGUCCCUGCAGGAAAUCAUUUGCCAGAAGAACACAACGUGCUCGGCCAACUACACGUUCAUCCCCUACAUGGUGACGCCCCACAGCAAGGUGUACUGCUGCGAAAGCAGCCUGAUGAAGGGCCUCACCGAGCUGAUGCAGCCCAGCUUCGAGGUGCUCCUCGGACCCAUCUGCAUGCCCCUGCUGGACCGCUUCGUCCAGCUGCUCAAAGUGCCCAAGGCCAACUCCCACCAGUACUUCCGGGAGACCAUCCUGAACGAGAUCCGCAAGGCGCGGGAGCUGUACACGGGCAUGGAGCUGGCGGCCGAGCUGGAGCGCAUCCAGCAGCGUCUGGACAACGUCGAGUGCCUGUCCUCGGACAUCGUGAUCAACCUGCUGCUGUCCUACCGGGACAUCCAGGAUUACGAGUCGAUCGUGAAGCUGGUGGAGACGCUGGAGAAGCUGCCGACCUUUGACCCCGUGGCCCAUCCUCACGUCAAGUUCCACUACGCUUUCGCACUGAACCGCCGUAACCUGCCCGGCGACCGGCAGAAGGCCCUGGACAUCAUGCGGCCUCUGGUGGAGGGCGAGGAGCAGGUGGCAUCGGACAUCUACUGCCUGGUGGGACGCAUCUACAAGGACACCUUCCUGGAGUCGCACUUCAGCGACACGGAGAGCCGCGACUGCGGCAUACGCUGGUUCAAACGGGGCUUUGAGUCGGAGCCCACCCUCCACUCGGGCAUCAACUACGCCGUGCUACUGCUGGCCGCCGGCCACCAGUUCGACACCUCCUUCGAGCUCCGCAAAGUCGGGGUGAAGCUGAGCAGCCUGCUGGGGAGGAAGGGCAGCCUGGACAAGCUCCAGAGCUACUGGGACGUGGGCUUCUUCCUGGGCGCCAGCGUCCUGGCCUCCGACAACACCAGGGUGAUCCAUGCCUCGGAGAAGCUCUUCAAAUUAAAAGCCCCCAUCUGGUACCUGCGGUCGCUGGUCGAGACCAUCCUCAUCUACCAGCACUUCAAGAAGCCCACGGUGGAGCAGCCGGUGCCCAAGCAGGAGCUGGUGGACUUCUGGAUGGACUUCCUGGUGGAGGCCACCAAUAAGGAAGUCUCCUCCGUGAGAUUUCCGGUGUUGAUCCUGGAGCCCACCAAGGUGUACCAGCCCUCCUACCUCUCCAUCAACAACGACGUGGACGACAACACCGUGUCCAUCUGGCACGUGGCCCCCGAGGACAAGAACAAGGGCUUCCACGAGUGGAACUUUGGGGCCACCUCCGUGCGAGGCGUCAGUAUCUCCAAGUUUGACGAGCGCAGCGCCUUCCUCUACGUCGUCCACAACACAGAGGACUUCCAGAUCUACUUCUGCACCGAGAUGCACUGCAAAAGGUUCUGUGACCUGGUCAACAGCCUCACGGAGGAGGCCUGGAGGGGGCCGGAGGAGGGGGACUGUGACGCCGAGGCCUUGGAGUACGACUACGAGUACGACGAGCACGGGGACCGCGUGGUGCUGGGCAGGGGCACCUUCGGCGUGGUGUACGCCGGCCGGGACCUCAGCAACCAGGUGCGCCUGGCCAUCAAGGAGAUCCCCGAGCGGGACAGUCGGUACUCCCAGCCGCUGCACGAGGAGAUCUCCCUGCACAAGCACCUGAAGCACAAGAACAUCGUGCAGUACCUGGGCUCCAUCAGCGAGAAUGGCUUCAUCAAGAUCUUCAUGGAGCAGGUGCCCGGGGGGAGUCUCUCUGCCCUGCUGCGUUCCAAAUGGGGCCCGCUGAAGAACAACGAAGCCACCAUCGGCUUCUACACCAAGCAGAUCCUGGAGGGCCUCAAGUAUCUCCAUGACAACCAGAUAGCGCACAGGGACAUCAAGGGGGACAACGUGCUGAUCAACACCUACAGCGGCGUACUGAAGAUAUCUGACUUCGGGACGUCCAAGCGGCUGGCGGGAAUCAACCCCUGCACAGAGACCUUCACCGGCACACUGCAGUACAUGGCCCCUGAGAUCAUAGACAAGGGCCCGCGGGGCUACGGCAAGCCGGCAGACAUCUGGUCCCUGGGCUGCACCAUCAUAGAGAUGGCCACGGGGAAACCCCCCUUCUACGAGCUGGGAGAGCCCCAGGCCGCCAUGUUUAAGGUGGGCAUGUUCAAGAUCCACCCGGAGAUCCCUGCCUCCAUGUCCCUGGAGGCCAAGGCCUUCAUCCUGCGCUGCUUCGAGCCGGACCCGGACCACCGCGCCACGGCGCUGGACCUGCUCACCGACGAGUUCCUCACCGUCACCAGCCGCAAGAAGAAGGGCAAGAGCAGCUUCACAGCCCUGAUGCCAGGAUCAGAGUACCUGCGCAGCAUCUCCUUGCCGGUGCCUGUGGUGGUCGAGGACACCAGCAGCAGCAGCGAGUACGGCUCCGUCUCCCCCGACAACGACCUCAACACCAACCCCUUCAUCUUCAAGCCCAGCGUCAAAUGCUACAGCGAGAGGGACGUCAAGGGCCCGCGCUCGCUUUUCCUCAGCAUCCCCGUGGAGAACUUUGAGGACCACAGCGCGCCGCCCUCCCCCGACGAGAAGGACUCGGGGUUCUUCAUGCUGAGGAAGGACAGCGAGCGGCGGGCCACGCUGCACCACAUCCUGACCGAGGACCGCGACACUGUGGUGGGGAACAUCAUGGAGGCCCUGCACCAGGGCUCUGAGGAGAGCCGGCUCCGGUGCAGCCACGUCUCCACGCUGGUGGUAAGCCUGGCCGACUUUGUGCGCGCGGCCGACCGCAAGAUCAUCGCGGGCACGCUGUCUCAGCUCAAGCUGGAGCUGGACUUCGACAGCGCCGCCAUCAGCCAGCUGCAGGUGGUGCUGUUUGGCUUCCAGGACGCUGUCAACAAAGUGUUGAGGAACCACAACAUCAAGCCUCACUGGAUGUUUGCUCUGGACAACAUCAUCCGCAAGGCUGUGCAGACAGCCAUCACCAUCCUGGUGCCAGAGCUGAGGCCCCACUUCAGCCUGGCGUCGGAGGGCGACGCCGCCGACCAGGAGGACGCCGACGACGACUACGGCCACGGGGGCGGGGGCCGGACGGCGGCCCAGCAGGGCGGGGGCCGGGGCCCCUCGCCGGCCCCUCCCCCCACCCCGCACGACGACACGGUGGGCACGUCGGGCGUGAGCACGCUCAGCUCCACCGUGUCCAACGAGUCGCCCGCCGCCCGCCGCUCCAUCAGCAUGGAGCUGGGCCGCAUGAAGCUGGAGACCACCCGACUGCUGGAGCAGCUGGUGGAGCGCGAGCGGGAGUACCAGGCCGUGCUGCAGCAGGUGCUGGAGGAGAGGGAGCAGGACAUCCAGCUGCUCAGACUGCGCUCUCAGACCCCAGAGCGCCUGAAGCAUCUCGUAGACCCGGUGGGACGGCCGAGUCCCGGUGCAGAGACGCCCCAGGACCCUGAGCUCAGCGGCUGGCUCGGAGACCACGGUGUGGACCAGGAGGCCAUAGAGAGGCUAGUACAGGAAGAAUACACAUUGGACGACAUCCUCCACAAUGUGACGAGAGACGACCUGAAGUGUUUAAGACUCAGAGGGGGGGUGCUCUGCAAGCUGUGGAAGGCCAUCAAGGACUACAGGAAGAACCCUGGAUGAGGCGUGACCGGGACCCGGGACCUGGUCACCUAGCAACAGCCCAACGACCCCCCUCUCUGUUCCACCGAGUGCUUCUGCGCCGUCCUCUUGCUGUCCUGUUUUGUUACCAUCAUGCUUUCUUAAACCUCAGUAUUUAUUCCAAAAGGGACCCUUUGACUUACAGGCGCAGCGGACCUGUCGUGUGUGCGCACCCCGUUUUUGCGGGGUACCGUCGUUUUCGAACUCCGUUGCCAACGUUCUCGUGGAGAGUUUAUGGAAUCGUGUUUUUUUUAUUUAAGGCUCACUUGAGCUUUUACUUUGAAAGUGUAUAGCAGAAGAAAAGGGACAAACAGUUGAAGUGCCACUAAUGUUUGUUUUUGUUUGUUUUCAGCCAUUUAGCUGAGAAUUAGUCAAGCGUAACAGCUGACGCCCCUGAGAAUUCACCCUGAUCACAUUCGUUUUCUGUAAAUCACUGUUGGGAGAUAGAGACGAAAGGCGCUUAAAAUUUAGAUGCUCGUAUUUAUUUGUUUACAGAAUUGAUUUAAAAUGAACUAUCUUCAAGCCAGCCUGUUGGUUUAUCCUCAUUACCAAUUAACUUUAUUAGGAUGGAAAUCUUAUAAUCACUACUUUAUUUUAAUGAUGUUUUAAUAUUGACCUUCAUGGCGUAUCUUUUGUUUUUUUAUUUCACUUUUAACUUUGUAUUUGUUUUUCAACCUUUUGUUAAGAGCCAAUUUUGUUUACUGUCAUUUGUGGUAUGUUCAUUUGUGGGAAGAAGGUUAUAGGUAGAUAUCUUAAAUAUGUGUUCAUGUUAUUUGUAAUGCCAUCAGAAAACAGGGCUAGAUAAUGUCUGUGUGCAUUGAAUCAUUCUUAAUAUACUAAACGUUUGAAACAUACAUUGUUUAAGUAUUUUAGAGCUAUUGCAGACGAUCGGACAUAAGUUGUAUACUUUGUAAGCUUAAACCAGCCUAGUGGGUCCACAUAAUUGUUUUCAUUGUACAUUGACACUAUAUUAUUGGUGUUUUAACCGAUUAUGAUUAGAAAUCUAAUUAUUUAAUUCAGUGUAUAACUUCAAAAUGUGCAUUACAUUAUAAAUUGUCAAGUUUAUCACUUGUUUAUAUUAUUUAAUGCUUCAAUUGAAUAAUGAGGAAAAUAGUUGGACACCUGUCAGUUUUGUUUCUUAUUUAUUUGAGCUAAUGAAUUUGUGCACAAUAAAUAUAUUUUGUCUUGUACCUGAAAUCACCACCACAUAUCAGUUUUUUGUAUCACUAUCUAUCUAUCUAUAUGAAUUCUGCUACACACAGACAUGCUAUGUCUAUUUUAUUUUAUUAUUUUAAUAUUCACACACAGACAGAUGGAGUCACA